CGCGGAGCAGGCGAGACGGAGGGCUAGAGAGGCAUCCGACCGCGCCCCCCGGCCGGAAGUGGCUGCUUUGGGACUGAGCUGGCGCUACGAAGUUCCGGCUAGCGUCUCCUGUCUCAGGCUUGUGCGCCCGCGGCGUCAGAUCCCAGCAGAGCUGAUCAGGAUGAUCACGGACGUGCAGCUCGCCAUCUUCGCCAACAUGCUGGGCGUGUCGCUCUUUUUGCUUGUUGUUCUCUAUCACUACGUGGCCGUCAACAAUCCCAAGAAGCAGGAAUGAAAGUGGCGCUUUCUCCGCCCCAGGGUUCCAGGACAUAGUCUGAGGCAAGAUGGAGGGUGUGAGGGCCUUCACACUUCACUUCAUCCCUUCUACCCAUCACAACAUACAAAGCAACUACACCUGGAUUUUUCCAAACAACUUUUAUUUCCUCAAAGUCUUCCUUAACCCUAUGGAACAAGAAGCUGCCACUGAAUAGGGCCCAGUAUAGGGGCUGCUUUCUUUUCUACCCCCUCCCCCCAAUACAAAAAUAUAGAUAUAUUUUUUUGUGGUCCCAAAA